AUGGCACAAGCAAACAUAGCCCCUAGUGGUGUGGUUCCAACGCACACUCACCCUGGCUCUUUAGAGAUAAUUCUUAUAGCCAAGGGCUCUGUCACUGUUGGUUUAAUUUCUUCGAACAAUACCGUCUACUUGAAAACACUCAAAGAUGAAGUUAUCAUGGUUUUCCCUCGAGGGUUGCUGCAUUUCCAUGUGAAUACUGAUCGGACACAGACACUUUUUUGGGUUAUCUUCUGUAGCUCGAACCUUGACCUCCAAAUCCUCAACAAUGCGUUGUUUGGCAACAACUUGCCUUCUGAAUUGAUAGAGAAUACCACUUUUCUUGAUGAUGAUGAAGUGAAGAGACUCAAGGCUCUUCUUGGUGGUUCUGGGUGA